AUGUCGGCUCAUUCAAGGCAGAACUCGAUAGUGAACUCGACCCUCACCACGUUGAAAGGCGACAAGAUCGGUCCUUGGAAGCUUGGGGCCACGUUAGGUGCCGGGAGCACUGGCAAGGUUUUGAUGGCACAACACGAAAGCACGGGCCAGCAGGCUGCAGUGAAGAUAGUAUCGAAGUCCAUUUUCGGCGUCCAGAGCACAUCCUCAACCAUUGUGGGCUCUAAUGACCCAGACGUUCUACCUUACGGUAUUGAGCGUGAAAUAAUCAUCAUGAAACUUCUCAAUCAUCCAAACGUGCUGCGGCUAUAUGAUGUCUGGGAAACAAACUCCAACCUUUACAUGGUCUUAGAAUACGUCGAGAAGGGAGAACUGUUCAAUCUACUUGUCGAACGUGGACCACUUCCCGAGAAUGAGGCUGUGAGGUUCUUCAGACAAAUUAUCAUUGGUAUCUCGUACUGUCACGCGCUUGGUAUUGUCCACCGUGACUUGAAGCCUGAAAACCUUCUAUUAGAUCAUAAGUUUAACAUAAAGAUUGCCGACUUUGGGAUGGCCGCUCUAGAGAGCAAAGACAAAUUGCUUGAAACGUCUUGUGGUUCGCCUCAUUACGCGGCACCUGAAAUUGUGUCUGGUCUUCCUUAUCACGGCUUUGAGAGCGAUGUGUGGUCAUGUGGUGUCAUCCUUUAUGCCCUGCUAACCGGGAGACUACCAUUCGAUGAAGAAGAUGGGAACAUAAGAAACCUCUUACUAAAGGUUCAGAGCGGUGAGUAUGAAAUGCCAGGCGAUGAUGAGAUAUCACCUGAGGCACAAGAUUUAAUCGCAAGAAUACUCACUGUUGACCCUGAACGCAGAAUGAAAACUAGAGAAAUUUUGAGGCAUCCUCUACUUCAAAAAUACCCAAGCAUAAAGGACUCCAAGAGUAUUCGAAACCUCCCACGCGAAGACACAUAUUUGAAUCCGCUAGAUAAUGUUAAUGGUUCUAUUGAUGAAACUAUCAUUGCGAAUUUGGUUGUCUUGUGGCAUGGCAGGGACAAGAAUGAAAUCAUCAAGAAACUAAAAGAGUCUGGUCCAAAUUUAGAAAAGACUUUCUAUGCGUUGUUAUUCAGAUUUAAACAUGAUAGUCAACAGGAACAACUCAAGCAGCAGCGGAAACAACAAACUGCCCAAGCUUCUCCCAAAAGAUCUUCUAUGCGCAACUCGGUUUCCAGAAGGUCAAUACAAACCACGCCAACGCCAAAGAAAAAAAAUAAGCCAGUCGCAAUAAGUGCUUCUUCGUCUCAUAAGAGACCAGUUUCCUUCAACCGUUUUUCUUCCAGUAAUAAUGCAAUGAACGGUGGAACACCAAGCUCUUCCAGCAAGAGAAUCUCGUUAAACAUGUCGUCCAAUAAAAGACUUUCGGCACUCAUCAACACCAACAACUCACCCACACCAGUAAACAAGAGACUAUCCACAAAAGAAUUUGAUUUAACAGCCCAUCCAAUUCCUCUUGAAGUGCUUAAGGACUACAAUGCAUCAAACGUGAAAUCAGGCAAGCGUUCUUCCAGAAUGAGCAAACGAUUGUCUUUCUUGCGUGGCAAAAGAGGCUCGAUUACAACCAAGUUGAUCGCAACUUAUGCGAAGCUUUCGGAGGACGAUGAUUGGGAGUACAUUGAAAAGGAAACAAAAAGAACAAGUGCUGAUUUUGCGACUCUCUGCGACCAGAUCUUCGAGCAUGAGAAAUACGAGCAAAUUCGGAAAGAGAAAGAAGAGUUAGAAAGACGUGUGAGAGAAGCAAAAGAAAAAGAAGAAAGAGAAAAAAGACAGCGUGAAGAGGAGGAAAGGAUUCGUCAGGAAGAAUUACAACGUGAAAAAGAGUUAGAAGAAGAGCAUCGCAAAAAACAACAGGAGCUUGAAGCCCAGAUGGAAAUUGAGAUUGCCAAACUAAGAACUGAUUUCAAAGAUUCACAAGGUGCUAAAUCAUCGAACAAUAGAUCUGUGUCCGCACCUGCUGAGAACGUGCUCGAUGGUAACAAGAGAGCGUCUAUGAUUGAUGAUUAUGAUGAAGUCAACGACGUAAUUAAUAGGAGAACUUUCUCCCUCGACACUCGGCCUGUCUCUCGUCUUGAUCCGGGAAUUUUUCCGUUGGAAGAUGAAAGAGAAAUUGUCGACGAUGGGGCUGAUAAUUUAGCGACCGAAAAGACCAUUCUAGAGACUAUCAGGAGAUCUAAGUUCCUUGGCUCGUCUUUUGACCUUAAUCAAGAGUUAGAGAAGGCCAAAAGAUCCAAAGAGCAUAGGCCUCCGACAAACAAUUUGCCAAAGCAGUUAAGAAUGAACUCUAACGCAACAACGACUUCAACAACAAACGACGGAUAUGAGUCUCAGGCUCUUCCAAAGAACGCCAUAGCGGUAGGUACCUUGAGAGAAGAUUAUUCAAGCGAUCCUCGAAAGUUAUCUGAGGUCAAGGUACCCCAAUUCACUAGACGUUCUCGCCAAUUCACAGCAUCAAAUAAAAGAUUGUCAGUGCUUUCAAUGUACUCGACAAAGAAUUCAUUCACCAACUUGGCAGACCAUCUGAAAGGCAAUGCUGAUACGGACGUUCCAAACCGCAGUGCCUCGUCAACAGCGAAGGUCAGUCAAGAAGCAGAAUUUAUGUUUGAAGCAAUUGAUGAAGAUGGCAAAGAUACUGCUGAGACCUCUGCUGAUAGUAGACUUUACGAAGUCCCCGAAAGUUCUGAAUCUCGAAUGGGCUCAAAGUCGGUUAUAAAACUAAACUUUGCUGAUAGGUUUGACAACCACCAAUCUAAUUCGAAGAGAGCUGAAGAGGACUCAUCAGAGGUCAAGCUGCCAACUUUACCUCCCUUGGAUAGAGGUAAAAAUGGCAAAGUCAACGGACUGGGUCUGUAUCAGCCUCCCAGAGAUGUACGCGAAAAUGACGGUAAGGUUUCCUCUAUGAUUCCUGAUGAAGUGGAAGCACCAGCAGCAGCACCAGACACUAAAGGCCCAACUAAACAAAAGAAAAAAUCGGAGCCUCAGCCACCACUUAACGAGGCUAUGAAAAAGAAGCAAGAUCCAUCAAGGAAAGCAUUGGAAGAUAUAACACCAGCAGUAGAGAAAAAGAGAAACAAAUCUUUUUUCAGAAAAUUCUCCAAAUCUCGCGACGAAAAAAUCGCCGGAGAGUUUGAUCAAAGAUUUAACACCGUAAUUAAUUGUGAUCAGAUGUUUAAUGCGCUAAGCAAGUUAUUGACUGCUUGGAAAAACUAUGGAUUGAAGGAUGUCAGAUCAAGCCCUUCAAGAAAAUCUAUAACUGGUAAACUAAGCAGCGAGAACUUUUUAUCACUCAGAUCUACUCUUUUUGAAAUCGUUGUGUUACCUCGAGGAAGUGGUUCAUAUAUCGGAUUCGCAAAGAAAUCAGGUUCAACAAAAACUUUCAAUAGGUUGGUAAAGGAAAUCGAAAAAAUACUGGAAAGCAAGAAUGCACUAGUAUUCAAUAACUAA